AUGCCAGCAGCUACAAUAUAUUUCAUAAUACCUUUCUGUAACGAUUGCAUUCCACAAAAGGAUCUUGUAUUGUUGAUUGUAACAGUCUUGCACAUGGCAAAUUCUCUCGUUAAUCCAAUUGUGCAUAGUUUUAGAAUGACUAUGUUUAAGUUGGCGCUGAAGAAAUUGUUCAAAAAAGGAGACUGACUUUGAUAGUAUGUCUUUGAGCCAUUCAGGAACCUUGCCAGAAAAUUCCUUUGGAUCUGGGAUCGCGCUGGAAAACUACAAUUUCCAUGAACAUGUCGGGAAAUUUUCGAAAUGAAUACAGAAGUUAGGAUUGAAAAUGAGCACUGAGAGGUUAAGUUGACCUUGUACUUCAAUACAACUGCUGAAUUACAACAAUAAGAGUGAAACCCAGAUUUAAUGUUGGUAUAUUUAUUUCAUCUCAAGGAGGUUUUCGAGGUGAACAAUUGAUUCUUUAAAACAAAAAAAUAUCAAUAGCGUCUAGAGCAGAUAAGUUCGCUGUUUUAUGGUUGUUCAAUAAUAUGAUCAAGCGAGAGGAUAACUCGCUUGUACGGAGAUUAUAAUUUUGUUUCAAAGAAUGCUUGAUCAAUGUUUCCCUGUCUGCCUUGAUGAGGGAGUGCUACCUUUCGUUUAUUUUGAUUGACUAAGUCACCAUUCUUUUCCCGAAUAAGUUUAGAAAAAUGCUCUUUGAUCUCUGAUUUAAACCACGGCAUCCUGAAGCUGUAAACCAUGGGAUUUACGAAGGAGUUCCCGUAUUGCAUGAACUUGACGAAACGUAGAACAUUAUGAGCUCUUUUACUCAAGUUGAAUGAACUCUUAGGGUAAUAAUUUGUGUAAUCGAAAGCUAGAGCCACAACAAUCGAGGGAAACCAACAGAUAAGGGAAAGAACUGUUACAAUCAACAACGUUUUUGUUAAUUCCUUGUUUUGCAGUGUUCGCCUCAGCUCGUUGACUCCUUCGGGAAUAUUAUGGCGUGUCUGCAGGUGUGUCAGUAGAUAUCCCACACAAAUAAUAAUUAACACCACUAGCAAGAAAACAGUCGCAACCAUUGCAGUUAUUUUGCUAGUUUCAGGAGUGACCAUGAAUAAUGUGAGGUAAAAAACGGAGACAAAUCCAGCAGUAACCCACACAAACACGAAACUGUAGGUAUAUGUUCUGUUUCUCAGUGCUAGAUGUUGGAAAGGCCAACGAAUGGCAUAGAGACGCUCGUAAGCUAUCACUAGUAAAUUGAGCAGCGAGGAUGCCCCACAAAACACGUCCCAGCUUGUGAAAGUGAUAAAUUCCCAUCGCCGUAUAUCAUUUUCAUAAUAACCUCCAGCUACAUCUCGUACUUCACAGCUGAGGAAAUUUAAACUGCUGAUUGCCACUAACAGAUCAGCGAGAGCCAAAUUUACAAGGAGAUAUGAAGCUCGUUUUAGCUUCGCUCGGUGUUUCCAGAAAACGAAGAUUGUAAAACUAUUUCCUAGAAAAAUUGAUAUGGCUUCAAGGGAAUAAACCGAACAAAAUAUAACCGCUGCAAAAAUUUCCAUCUUUGCUUGAAAUUGGUAUUCGUUUCACAAUUUGCUUUAGCAAUAUAAUAUUCACAUGUACGCCCUCUCAGUUUACUGUCUCUCUCUUCAGUUAUCAUUACCAAGUAUAAAUAACAGAUAUCUAAUAAUUAGCAAGUCAAAUCAAUUUCAGUUUUUAAUUAAAAUAUCUCAUGAUAACAAACUACAGCACAUUCAACAAAAAGCUUCUAAGAAGUUUCCUGAUAAAUAAUGAACCAGAGCUCCAAUUAAUUAACUUGAAGUAAGUUCGCUUAUCAUGAAUAUUGUGAUAUUUAAGACUUAGAGGACUCCCCUAAAAGUUAGAAGCUCCUGAUUUUCUAUGCGGGCCGCCCCGCGCAUACGGUCCGCCUUGUGCUUUUCACUAGAAUGAAAAAGGACCAAGUUGUUUUUGUUGAGUUUAUUCCCAGCAUAUACCUCUAUCGUCUUGUUUGAACACAUUAUAUAGUAUCUUACAACAAUGAACAAGAUAAUAUAAAAAAAAAUAACGGACAGUCUUUUCAUAUCAAAACAGUUCUCCAAACAGCACCGUUAGCGUGAAAAGUUUUUCUCCACUAAACAUCCUUAGGUAUAAUAUUAGUUUAAAACAAAAGAACAUCAGCGCUAUCCGCAAACGCCAUUAUAGUAAAUGUUGUUCUGUUUGUUGUCACUAAUAUAACUAUUAAUUUCAAUAACUUUUUUUUUCUAACCAAUUUGAAUAUGGAAAAAGAAACCGGAAACAAAUUUUGCUUACAGCUUUUUUCCUCUAUCCUCAGUACUGAUUAACAUUUUCUUUGCAGGGGAUUAUAUCUUAUCAAUUAAAAGCGCUCUUUUCAAUGCAUUAUGAUCUUCUAUGAUGUACACUCCUAGAUAAACAAAUAUGAACAUGUCAUGAUUGCAAAUAGAACUAAGUUCAUUUACAUAAAAAUAGCGGAAUGUUUAAUUUGCAGAAAGCAGCUCUCGGUCCGGUCUUAUCUAGAACUCAGGACAAGUGAAAUGGUUCAGUAGAAAGGGUGGCUCUAAUCUCCUCGCACGACAUCCCAAGUGAAGUGAGUUUGUUGACCCAGAUACCAAACUACAUGUCUGAUUUAGAUUUCAAAACAAAUAUCCACUUGCGGGUAGACAAGUCUGCAACGGAGAAGUGACCCACCUCUUGUUCAUCACGAAUUGUUAGCUCCUCCUAAAGAUUACAAAAGUUAUAAUCCUCUGCUUUAUUAUAGAAGACUGAACAAGAUGAAUGUCACCGACAUCUCAGCGUUGAAAAAGACAUUUCCUGUAACCGUCACAUUUAUGCAUUUCGAAUGCCAUUAUUCAAGUCUGAAAUCAAGGAAUGCUUUUCUAAAAUUUGUCGUACAAAUAGAAAUCGGAUUGAGAUUCGUAACCGCGAUACAGCAACACAAGUGUGCGAUGAAAAUGUUCAAGGAGAUGGAUAUUCAGAAUGUCACGAAACCAAAUUGUAAUUUUUUCCCAUAUGAUUUGUCUUCUCGGCUGAGAAGUAAACUGUAUUCUGCUGAGUAGCCUUUAUUUUGCCAAUGAUCGGCAGCCUUCCAGAGUUUUAUUGUAAGUUAGAGAAAUAUUAAGAGUGUUGAAUCAAUGAUAUACUCCACCAGGACCUCUGUUAGUCGCAUAGUCAAGUGAAAUAGCGUAGUUUUUAACAGACUGAGGCUCCAACGAACAUUCGCUUUCUGAAAAUAAAGGGUGUAACGGCGCUUAUGCAUCGAUCUCGCCACUUCAUUUGCACUACAAAGAACACCAAAAAGAAUAUAGCGCAGCUGUUAAUGAUUGAAGGACGUUCUAAUGGUAAGAAAUCUAGAUUCACAUUUUUAUGAUCAAACAUUACAUUUUGUCUGCUGUUGACAAAAUAAACGACAAUAUAAAAGAUUGUCAUGUAUAUAAGUGCUAUGAACAUGCAAAGGAUAUUUAACUCUUCAACUUUUAGUCAACGAUUAUGAAAAAUUAGUUUUCCAAAAAAGGGUCUCACAAGUCAGUUGUUUAGGAACAUCUCGAAAUUCGAUUUUCUACAAGCUUAGGAUCUGAUAUUAAAUUCUGAUGUUGAAAAUAAACUCGACUCUAUUAAAUUGCAGCUGUCAUCAAAACGAAUCAGGUUAAUGACAUGAAAAUUGUGAUGAGGGCCUGAUAAUAAAUUAUUUGAAUUGCAAAUGUCUUACGUUCGGGCAUCAACAGCGUGAGUACCGCUUUAACAGUACAAUGCCAUCGAUUUACACACCCUUUGUAAGAUAACAAAACUCAGCUAUUCGGAUUCAUCUCUGAGGAUGAAGACUUCUUUGUCACCAGCGUUUAGCGUAGUAUUUUUUUUGGAAGGAGUGUCAAUCCUUUUAGGAAAUGUUUUUACUAUCUUCGUUUUCUGGAAACAUCGAGCGGAGUUGAAAAGAACUUCGUAUCUUCUUGUGAAUUUAGCUGUUGCUGAUCUUUUAGUGGCAAUCAGCAUUUUAAUCGUUUUGGGCCGCGAAGUGCAAAACCUGGCUGAAGGCCAUAAUAAUGUGAUAAAACGAUGGCAAUUCACCUUUUUUAUGAUUUGGGACACGCUAUGUGAAACAGCCUCGCUGCUAAAUUUACUAGUGAUAUCACUGGAGCGUCUUUACGCAGUUCGCUGGCCUUUCCGUCAUCGUACUUUGAGCACUAGAACCUAUAUCUACAGUCUCGUCUUCGUGUGGGUUACUAGUGUGCUUGUCCCUCCGUUUAAUUUUAUUUCGUUCGCCUUUGAUGAACAUAGCAGAGCAAUUCAUAUCAUUGUUAUCUUGAUUUUCUUAGUCGUGUUAAUUCUCAUUUGUGUAGGAUAUUUCCUCAUAUUCUUGCAAACAACACAGAAUAUCCCCGACGGAUUCCACCAAAGACGCAUUCAGCAAAACAAGAAGUUGAGCAAGACUCUCUGUAUUGUUACGUUUUUCUCCCUCGUCUGCUGGUUUCCUUCUAUCGUCAUGGCUCUAGCUAUCGAUUACACAAAGUACUAUACUGCAAAUUCAUGGAACUUAUCGCACUCUUUGCAUAAUCUUUUUCUUCUUUUCAAGGUCAUGCAAUACGGGAACUCCCUCGUUAAUCCUAUAGUCUACAGCUUUCGAAUGCCAUUGUUCAAGUCAGAGAUCAACGAGUGCUUUAUUAAAAUUUUUGGGGCAAGGAAAACUGUCAUCAGUGUAAAUCAACAGAUAGGUACGCACCCUGAGCCAAGCAGAAAAAAAAAUAUUGAUUUAGGAUUUUACGAUACGAAACUAUAAUGACUUUAUACAAGCCAGACGUUUCGUUUAGAUUACAGUGAGGUUACUAGAUUCUUAAAAAUAAUCACUUGUGAGCCAUAUCAGUUUGUAGGAUAACAGUAACUCAUCUUUUAAUCUAUUCUGGUUAUAUAAUGAAAAGCCUGUCCAAGAGACACGCAGAAAAAACGGCUAGAACAAAAGAAUAUGUUGGAAUAUACCAUCCUGUAAAUAGACUGACAAGGACUUGUGCGUAAGGACUUGGGGUCAAAGUGACACCUUUGACCUUCAGUCAUGGCCGCACAUCAAGUAAGAAAAAGUCAAAUCAAAAUGUGAAGAGUCACACACUGAGCUAUUUUAUCAACAUUAAAGUUUAUUCCAUGAUAACCACACCGGGUUAAACACAUAUCUAAGCAUGAACAUCUAAGUUGCCCAAAGAAUCUGAUAGGGGUGUAAUGCUAUGAUCUUCCGCUUUACAGUCUGCACUUCUGGUUCAAGAAGUUCUUGCUUUGUAAUUUUUAUCGAUCUUAAAACUUGAUGCAACUUGAACUGAAAUGAGGAAAUAUCUGUCAAUUCCUAAAUCACAAUUUGGAAUGACAUUUUGUAUAUUUGGACUAACAAUGCUGUAAAAAGGUGUUAAAACCGGACAGCACCUGUCACGAUUGUAAUUGCUUGUGCAAAAUACACUUGCUUUUAUUAAAAUAGAGUUCUUUUAUUAAUAUUUACAUUAACAAAGGCAAUAACAUUCAGCCUCAGGAACAAAACCUCUUUUGUAUUACAUCCCACCUGGUGUUUAGAUAAUUUUUUUCAUCCUUAAUAAUGUAGUUUUAUUGUAACUUAGAGAAAUAUUAACAGUGUUGCAUCAGUGAUGUAGUCCACCCGGACCCUUGUUAGUCGCAUAUUCAAGUGAACUAAAUGGCGUAGUUUUUAACAGACUGAGGCUUCAAUGAACAUUCGCUUUCUGAAAAAAAGGGGUGUAACGGCUCUUAUACGUCGAUCCCGCCAGUUUAUUUGCAUUGCUAGAACACCAAAAAGAAUAUAGCACAGUUGUUAAUGAUUGAAGGGCGUUCUAAUGAUAAGAAAUCUAAAUUUACAUUUUUAUGAUCAAAAUUACAUUUUGUCUGCUGCUUACAAAAUAAACGACAAUAUGAAAGAUUGUCAUGUACAUUAGUUCUGUGAACACGCAAAGGAUAUUUGGUUCUUGUACUUUGAGUCAAUUAUUAAGAAAAAUUAGUUUUCCCAAAAAGGGUCUCACGAGUCAGUUGUUUAGGAACAUCUCGAAAUUCGGUUUUCUACAAGCUUAGGAACUGAUCUUGAAUUCUGUUGUUAAACAUAAACUCGCUUCUAUUUAAUUGCGACUGCUAUCAAAUCGAAGCAGGUUUAAUGACAUAAAAUUUGUGAUGAGGGUCUCAUGAUAAAUUAUUAUUUAGAUUGCAAAUGUCUUAUGCUUGGGCAUCAACAGCGUGAGUACCGCUUUAACAGUACAAUGCCAUCGAUUACCACACCCUUUGUAAGCGAACAAAACUCAGCUAUUCGGAUUCAUCUCUGAGGAUGAAGACUUCUUUGCCACUUGUGUUUAGUGUAGUACUUUUUUUGGAAGGAGUGUCAAUCCUUUUAGGAAAUAUUUUUACUAUCUUCGUUUUCUGGAAACAUCGAGCGGAGUUGAAAAGAACUUCGUAUCUUCUUGUGAAUUUAGCUGUUGCUGAUCUGUUAGUGGCAAUCAGCAUCUUUUUGGGCUUCGAAGUGCUAAACGUGGCCGAAGGCCAUAAUGAUUUGAUAAAACGAUGGCAAUUUACCUUUUUUAUGAUUUGGGACACGCUGUGUGGAACAACCUCGCUGCUUAAUUUACUAGUGAUAUCACUGGAGCGUCUUUACGCAGUUCGCUGGCCUUUCCGUCAUCGCACUUUGAGCACUAGAACCUAUAUCUACAGUCUCGUCUUCGUUUGGGUUACUGGUGUACUUAUCCCUUCGUUUCAUUCCAUUUCGUUCGCCUUUGUUGAACAUAGCAGAGUGAUUUAUAUUAUUGCUAUCUUGAUUGUCUUAGUCGUGUUAAUUCUCAUUUGUGUAGGAUAUUUCCUCAUAUUCUUGCAAACAACACAGAAUAUCCCCGACGGAUUCCAACAAAGACGUAUUCAGCAAAACAAGAAGUUGAGCAAGACUCUCUGUAUUGUUACGUUUUUCUCCCUCGUCUGCUGGUCUCCUUUUAUCGUCAUGGCUCUAGCUAUCGAAAAUUCAUUGAACUUAUUUCACUCUAAUCUUGUUCUACUUUUCAAGGUCAUGCAAUACGGGAACUCCCUCGUUAAUCCCAUUGUUUACAGCUUUCGAAUGCCAUUGUUCAAGUCAGAAAUCAAGGAUUGCUUUAUCAAAAUUUUUGGGGCAAGGAAAACUGUCAUCAGUGUUAAUCAACAGAUAGAUACGCACCCUGAGCCAAGCAGAAAGAAAAUUAUUGAUUUAGGAUUUUACGAUACGAAACUAUAA